UUUCUUUUGAUCUUUGGCGCCUGUGUUUGACCUCAAGAAAAUGAGAAAGUUGAAAAUCGACACGCAGAAAUGGUUUACACGCCUACAAAAGGUCUUAGCCGCAUAUUAAGCGGAGGAAUCAAUCAAACAUGGCGAGGAUAGUCCUAAACUUACUCAUUUUCUUUUUUGAUCAGACCUAAAGUCUUGGAUAAAGAAGAUGCAUGGCCUAGAAAGCAGUUUCGGGUGAUGAAGACAUUUCACCAAGCAUCUGCACGCAGGGAGAUAUGCAUUACCGGUUUUUCAAAAGGUUUUUUGUAUCAGCCGUUUUUUUCAUACUUUGCGGGUUCCUACUGAUUUCAAAAUGGAGUUUUAAGAUAAAGACCAUUGGACUGAUCGGGCAAGCGAAGCAUGCAACAUUUUCUAAGGUGAAGCGACUUACUAGUGGCGUCCUUGGCUCCGGGGAACAGUUUUCAACAGCAAGUUUUGAUGAUGAUAAUAACGACGAUGACGUCAAAUACCCUGUUUCUACUGGAUGGGUGCAAAAAGUAUUGGACAAAAAUCUGACACGAGAGGAGACAGUCAAUCAGCUACUCAAGGAAAUGGAUAACCACAUAACUCACAUCGAUGUUCCUCCAACCAGUGAUGAGAAUUCUCUUAUUGAAGUUCGCACCGAUGUCAAUUUGGAGCCACAUACUACUGCCACUAGUGUCCCAGCAUUGACAGAAACAACACGACCUACUGUAAUUAGACAAAUGAAGCGGAAAAGAAAGAAGCGGAAACGACCAAAUAAGAAAUUUGCAGGCUACCUGAAUCUACAUGUUUGGCAAGCUUGGUGUGGUAGCACUGUUGAGGACCUAAAAAGAAACAAGCAUUUUCCACUUUAUCCGGACAUGCGGACAACAACAGACGAGUUGUUUGUCCGGCAUGGGGAGCGUAGCUAUGGUCAACGAAUCUACGGAUUUCUACAUCCUCCAAAAUCAGGAAAUUACACUUUCUACUUGUCAUCAGAUGACAAUUCUGAAUUAUGGCUUAGCACCUCUUCUUCUCCUGAUAAAAUCCGGAAAAUUGCCUGGCUUGGUAACGCAACGGAUUCGGACAACGUACCUGUAGCUUACUUCUCCAUGUCCGAUUCACAGAUAUCGAAGAAAAUACAACUCUCUCGUGACCAGAUGUACUACAUUGAAGUAUUGCAUAAGCAGAAUGCAUUCUCUGACCAUGUUCUAGUUUCGUGGAAAGGCCCGGCCAUCCCAAAAGUCAAAAAGAUAACCGGACGAUAUUUGUCCGCAUAUGUUGACGAGUUUGAGCUGAGUUCUGACGUUAAUAUACUUGCGGAAUAUAUACCGGAAACCAGAGCGAGUUUCCCAACUCAUCAUCACGGUACGUUGAACGCCAGCCCGCUUCUGCUUAAAAAUCUAUCGCAGUUUGGAGCGCAAGAUCAGCGAGACCAUUUUCACCUGACACCUUUUAUUGAUGACUCAGAUGUCGCCAAUAUUCUGCCAAUUUGCCGGUAUAGUCCAAGUUAUUUAGUCGACUUCGAAGUUAACCGGUACGAAGGAGUUUACCUUAUACACGAGACUGCAGUUUUUCCGGAUGACAAAACCGAACUUACUCAUAUGAUUUCAAUUACCGAUUGUGACGUCCGGAAUAGAGACUCCCACCGGAAUUCAUUACGACCGACUGCUUCAGGGGCACAUUCCGAGUCCAACUCGAAUGAAAACUCGGACUCAGAGUUUCAGAUGAAGGCAAAAAGCAAAGCCUCCCGGUAUGGGACUUUAAAACUUGGAAGUAGUUUUGAUUCACUGCUAGGAAAAUUGAAAAAGCGUUUUAAAGAUUUUAAUACAUACAUGAAAAGUAAUUUGCGAAUAUUUGGUAGCUCUAAAAAUAGAGAAGUUAAUUCAGUUUUAUCCAAGUCUGCAAGGAAUGCCAAGGUGCGAAUAAAUGGAAAAAGGAUGAAGAAAAAAAGUGAAAUUGUGUCGGAUAAACAGAAAACAAAGGAGAAAAUAAAUAGAGGAAGAGGUUUUGGGACUAGAGAAACGUCGACAAUGUAUGAUAGUAGCCCAAAAAGUAAGAAAAUGAAAUUAGGCGAGGAAAAGGCAGGAGCUAGAUUAUCAAGCCCAAGAUACCUCCCGGAAAAUAAGCUGGAAGAAAAGAGUGACAAGAAAGUUUCUGACAAAGACAACUUGUCGCAGGACAAAAAAGAAAAACGUAGCCAUUUUGAUAAUUAUGAGGAGGAGGAUAAUGACGAUGAGUUUAAUGAAAAUGACAAAGUGCUUAUUGGAAAAGAUGGAUUUGUGCGAUUGAGGCCAUUGAAAGAGGAUGAUUCUGACGAAAACAGUGAAGAAGUGGAUGCGAGAAACAAAUUAUCGAUGGAUGCAGAGAAUGCAGAGAGGGAAAUGUCUCCAGAAGAGAACACGGAUCAAAUAUUCGUCAAAGACCAAUCUAGAAAGCGUCGUGCCAAUGACGGUUAUGAGGCAAUGCCAAAAGGGCGGAAGCUGCUCGGUGUGAAAAUAAACAAAAACCUUAUAGAUGCUUCAGAAACUGAUGAUGAGGGCCUGCCAGCAACAUGGAACAAUUUUCACCGGUCUAAACCAAUUUUUGUGCCGAUUGCAGGUGUUGAAAACGAGAAUAAAUCUUUACCGGCUUUAAAACCUACGCAACGGUCCCGGUUUUUAAGAAGGGCGAUUUCGAGCCGGAAAGAAAAUGCCGAGGAAUCAGAGCCCUUUGAGAUAAAGAGCUAUUACAAAAGGUUCAACAUAACAUCGAAUCGUGACGUCAUAAAUAAGUUUAAGGUAUUCAAGUAUGCUUUUUAUGACAUGAUCAAAGACCUGCCUAGGCUGCACAGCUGGAAGUUCCAUCAGGAUGUCACGUCAUGCAAAAGUGACGGAAACCUACGCCUGAAUGAAAAAGUUGCCACAAGCAUUGUAGACAAAUACAUGAGAGCACUGAAGCAAAAACACGGAGAUAAAUAUGUCUUAAAGAAGAUAAUAAAUGUAGAGGAAAACCACGAUGUGAUAAAUGGAGAUCGCUAUCUCAUUGAGCUGGAUUUGAAGGUGAAAGGACAAGAGGAGAAGUCAGUCCGUUUGUCAAGAUACGUGUACCAGCAGCUUGGAAAUACAAAUCUUUGUCAGCCGGAGGGAUUUCAGUGGAAUCGACACACAACUGUACAUGUUAUUGUGCCAGUUAAGAAUCAGGGAAGAUGGGUUCAGCAUUUUAUUGACAACAUGGAGAAGAUUUAUUUGGAAACACUUGAUCAGCACCUCAGCGUGAUUAUUGUUGAUUUCAAUAGCACUGACAUCGAUAUCGAAUUGUCUUUGAAGAGCAGCAAGCUCAAGAGAUACAAACUCAUAAAACUCGAUGGACCAUUCCAGCGCGCACUUGGUAUUCAAGCAGGAGCUGAUUAUGUCAAGAAUCCACAUGACAUCAUCUUCACCUGCGACCUUCACCUCGAAAUACCUUCGUCUUUGAUUGACAGCAUUCGAAAGCACUGUGUGGAAGGCAAAAUGGCAUUUGCUCCAAUUGUCGUUCGAUUGGACUGCGGCUAUCUCCCAGAGAAUCCAUAUGGCCUUUGGGAACUGCAAGGCUAUGGCUUGUUUGCGAUUUGCAAGUCAGAUUUUGACAGAGCUGGAGGGAUGAAUACCGAAGAAUUCAAAACGAAAUGGGGAGGCGAAGAUUGGGAGAUGCUUGAUAGAAUAUUAUCAAACAAAAUCGAAGUAGAAAGACUCCGAAUACCAAAAUUUUAUCACUACUUUCAUUCGAAGAAAGGCAUGUGGCUGAAGUCGUGAGCACCCAAGAAUUUGUUCAAUACUCCAGCAUGAUUAGGACAUUUUAGCACUUGAUGUUGAUGGCCUGGAAAGAAUUUUCAGUCUACGAGCCGAGCCUUAAAGGCGUCAGUUUUUUAGAAAGAUUGUAAGGGUAUAUUCUAAAGGUAUGCGAAAUGAAGAAACAUUUGACUAAAUUGAAAAAACCCGCUCCAUUUGUAAUUCACUCGGCUUUAAAAGUCAUCCGGUUAUUGUGAUCCGGUAUAUCCCGUUUUUUAAAAACAGCUCCGAUGUAUCUAAUAUUAAAGAAUUGCAAAAUUGUUUUAAUUCAGAUGUACUACAUCAAUAUCAGCUAACAUCGUUAAACCUUUAAAUUAUUCUUAAAACCUAUCCGGAUUUCCUUUAUAACGAAUGACACUUUUUGCGUUUUUAGUCAUAGUGACAUUGAAAAACUUUAUUUGCAGCCUUUACAAUUAAAUUUUUAUUGCUUUUUCUUUUAUUCGUUAUAAUGUUCCACUUGUUUAACUUUCCAAGUCAUUAGGGUAGCUUUCCUAGGGGAACUUUCGCUCUGAGAGGGGCCAUGGAAACAGGCACAUUUUGGUAUAAAAAAGUGUUGUAUUUAUUUGGUUGGUUUCAUUUAUUUAGAAUUUGACCUUUACGGACUCAUUGUUCUAAAAUCCAAAAAAAUUACUGUUUCGUUUUUGAUCAUUGAUUGAUCAUAUUGACCAUUUAUUUUCGAUUUGGAAAUAUAAAUACUAGAUGCCAAAUCUUUGGGCCAGAUUUUCCGAAAAAGGCUGAUGAUUGUUUUGUCUUUCCUCUCAGUUGUGUUGUGCCUAAUCGAGGCUGUUUUUCCAGGUUGUUGCUACGGGAGACAUGUUCAGUAGAUCAUCCCGUUUUGUAAAUUCUCCGAAAACGGAGUUUUCCGCUUUUAAGUCCUGCUCUGGCUAGCUCUCGCUUAGUUUUGCAAAGGUUAAACAAAGCUGACAAAGCAGUAGAGGUAUUCCUGCAAGAGGUUAUUCUCCCCAAGCACUUCACGAGCCCCCUGUUCUACGAGUGAGGAUUGCAAAUAUAUAAUCACCAUGUAGUAGAGCUCUUACGAUGUAUAUCCUCUAGUCUCGGGGUUAUGCGAAAAUCCUUUCUUUUAUAGAAUGAUUAAUCGUAUAUGUCGAAGAUAAGUGAUCUCGAAGAUCGGUCCAAAUUAUUGUCAUUAAAUUUUCUAGCUGGUUUCGCCAUAAAUUUACGAGAAAACCAAAGUACUUUUGAAGGGGAUAUUAUUUUAUUGGGUUUUUAUAUUUCAAGUUUUAUUCUGUCAUAUUUUAUUCAAAUUUGCUUGUUACUUUUUUCUUCGUCAUAGAAAUUGGGUUCUAAUUUUAGUUAAAUUAUCUUCAUUGUAAUCAGUAGUCAAGAAGUCAGGGUAUUUCCUCUAAGUAGUUUUAUACAAAAUUUAAAUGAUCCUGCCCUGACCUUUUGCACAAAUUCCUUUUCUAUCAAACUUCUAUUAAGUUUCCAAAUCAUUUAUUUUACGGCUUUUAGAAUGCAUACCGCCAUCUAAGGCACCUUUGGGAAAAUACCCACGUGAGCACCCCUAUAAGAAUUCCCCAUAGAAUUUCUUAAACAAUCAGCUCCACAAUGACCAGUUCCCAAGAUAACAAUGAUUUACUUUCAAAACAACUAGUCGAACGCAACUGCUCAGUGAAUAGCCUAAGAGUUUUUGGUUCUAGCUUCGAUUUGCUCCUUUACAAUCGUUUUCAAUAGGUAAGUUAAUUUUAAGAGAUGUUUUGCACACUAUAAUUGUUUAUAUUAAGCUUCACCGUGGAUAAAAUCGAGAUUCUUAGCUGUAAGUUAGGCCAACAGCACAAAAUUAAGAAUAUAUGUUUCGUAUUCAUUGUACAUUCAGUAAAUUACCGAAUAAUUGUAUUUAGCCCAGUAUUAGGUAGAUAUACUCAAUCAUCGCCGUUCGAUUGAAAAAAUAUGCAAACGAGCUUCUUAGAACUUUAGAUGCUUUUCGUUAGUUUAAAGUUCGUUCGAACAGAAAUAUAUGUUUAUAUUAUAGUUUGACCUUAUAUUGUCCUGAGAGGAAUAUUUUGAUAUCUUUAAAAGGUGAAUU